GGCAGGAGUACAACGCAAAGCUUUCUGAUUUUGGUUUGGCCAAGGAUGGGCCAAUAGGUGAUAAAAGUCAUGUCUCUACACGAGUUAUGGGUACACACGGAUAUGCUGCUCCCGAAUACCUUGCAACCGGUCAUCUAACAACAAAGAGUGAUGUCUAUAGCUUUGGGGUUGUCCUUCUGGAGCUGUUGUCUGGUCGUCGAGCUGUGGAUAAGAAUCGUCCGUCUGGAGAGAGGAACCUUGUGGAGUGGGCUAAACCAUACCUCGUAAACAAAAGAAAGAUAUUCCGAGUCAUUGAUAAUCGUCUUCAGGACCAGUACUCUAUGGAAGAAGCAUGUAAAGUGGCUACUCUGUCUCUGAGAUGUCUCACCACAGAGGUUAAGCUGAGACCAAACAUGAGCGAGGUUGUUUCUCACCUCGAACACAUUCAGACUUUAAAUGCUGCUAUAGGGGGAAAUAUGGAUAGAACAGAGAGAAGAAUGCGUAGGAGAAGUGACAGUGUUGCCAGCAAAAAAGCGAAUGCGGGUUUUGCUAGGCAGACCGCUGUUGGCAGUACAGUUGUUGCUUAUCCUCGUCCAUCAGCCUCGCCACUGUAUGUUUGAAGAAGGAUAAACAAGUCUUGGGUCUGUGUUUUUUGAUCAAAACAUUUACAGGACAUGAAGUUCCUGUAUCAUGUCCUGUCUAUGGAAUCUGGAUGUACAGUUUUGUCUCUGUUAAUGUAAGAAUUCAGUUCAUCUCUCUAUACAGGACGACAAACAUGUAAUUUUGAUCUUUGUAACGGGAGCAUUAACAUAA